CCCUUCCAAUGUUUUGCCUGCGAACGAGCAGUUUCUACAAAGCGACGAGCCGAACGCUAUCAUAGCCGAUGGCGGACAUUCCUGCAUUACCAGAUACGGGUGCUAAGAAGCAGCGCAGACGUCCUGUGAAUGCUUGUGCGACCUGUCGAGCGAGAAAGGUCAAGUGCGACGAGCGACCGGAUGGGUGCCUGAACUGCGAAAGACUGCAGUUGAACUGCGUGCAGAAUGGUACGCUCACUACCGGAGUAAAGAGAUCAAGCGCAGUACUUGAGCCACUCGGCAUCAAGCGUAAACGUACCUUCCGCUCUUGUGUUUCCUGCCGAGAUUCAAAAGUCAAAUGCUCGGGCGAGAGGCCGACAUGUACACGUUGCGCGCAACGAAUGACUACAUGCGUCUACGAUGCGGAGACCAAUGAACCUGCUUGGGUUCAGAGCAUUGCAUCAACCACUUCAAGUGCUGUACCAAGUCCAAGUACGAGUAUGUCGACGCAGACCCAACAAGUACCUAGAAAUGCUUUCUCGUCGGCACCAACAGAUCUGGCCUCAGUCAACUGUCCGCCUGGGUUAACCUGGCUGUUUGCGCAAGAAUUACCGCCUAGAGCGCGGUUGCAUACCCUCCUAGAAGCGUACUUCAACAAUGUCCAGCCUAUCCGGGUUUUCGCAUUUGAGCACAAGCCAACCUUCAUGCGAAUGCUCGAUGAGGGUCAGCUUACUGAUACGUCAGACCAAGCGUUGCUGCACAUCAUGUGUGCUCUCGGCGCGAGGUUCUAUGCCUUAGAGUACAGCGAGUCUUUUGCGCCAUUGUCAAAAGAGCUAAUACAGAAUGCCGGUACGCAAUGGGCCAAGAUCGCCGAAGAGAUGUUUUUUGCAGACUACAGUACUAUCUCGACAACAAAGUUGAAGGUCCUGAUUCUUCUUCACGACCAAGAAGCUAGGACUGGAAACUACGCCGGCUCAUUUCUGCUUACUGGCUUGGUAAUACGUAUGGCACAUGCGCUGCAGCUGAACAAUGAAGCUUCUACGGACGUCAUGUGCAAAAAGGAGGGCCCAAAUGAAGCCUCAGUAAAGGAGUGUCAGAGGAGACUGAUGUGGGCCUGCUAUAUGCUCGAUGUAUGGGCAGGUAGUGGCGUCGAUCACCUGACCAUUCUAAACGAGAAAGACAUCAAGAUACAGCUCCCAUGCAACGAGCGGCAAUUCUUGCUUCAGAUACCAGUAGUGACCGAGAGACUGGAGGAGGGACAAACAUUGGACUUCAUACCCAAGUCCGACAUGCCUGAGAAGCCACGGGAUAAUCUUGGUAUGGCAGCAUACUACGUUCGCAUCGUCAGCAUAUGGCGGCGGGUCUUGAGAUUCUCAAAACAUAUGAACGAAGAGAAACCGCCAUGGGAGCCAGGCUCCGAGUUUUCGCAGCUAAUUGAGGAAGUCCAAUCAUGGAAAGCCAGUUUGCCAUCUUGGCUAGAUUUCUCUGCCGAUAACAUCUACAUUCGCCGAGAGUCUCACCAGCUAGGCGCACUGUUCCUCAAUCACUGCAUGUAUCAUCAUGUGUUGUGCGACAUACAUCGGAUUGCACUGCCUGAACUUUACCGCAAUCAACAGCCGUACGAGUUCCCACCCAAACAGCACGCCUUCAUGUCAAGGCUACAGAUGGUAUGUUUCGAGCACGCUCAGUUUAUGUCCGUCCUGGUAGCUACCGUUCUACAACACGGCAUCAAGCAUUUUGCAGAUCCUAUCCUACCGUCCUUUGUUUACAACAGCAACCGCAUUAUGCUAUACCACAUUGCUCGCAUUCUGGAUCUCUCUAAGCCUGAUUCGAGGACGGUGAUCGCCCGAACAGUGGAACUGGUACAACAGAACAACAGAGCGCUGCGAGAAAUGUCUUUGAUGUACCCGCUAGCAGAGCCUUUGUACAUCACAACGGAGCGGUGGCUUGAAACCGUUCGCUCUGGUCUUGCACGAGGCCAAGCGAGCACAUAUAUCGCGCCGCAAGAUCCAUCAGAGGUGCGCACCGAGGUGCAACAGGCUAUUGAAGCUUCUAGCCCUAAUUUGAACGACAUCCAGUCGGCCCAGCGAAACGCCCAAGUGGCUUUGCUGCCACCAGUCCCCAACGGCAUUGGGCAAUCGUCGUCGACAGCGAAUGACUACACCUAUCCAACGCCAUCAAAUGACCCUAUGGUUUCGAGCCUCGCAACACUCGCUGACGUUGCAACCCAACCUGGACAGCUUGGUCCAGUGUUGACCAAUGAUAUGUCAACGAGCGAUUUCGAGCAACCUGUCUUCAACCUGGACGAUCUACAAAAUUUCUUUGAGUGGGAAACAAACAACGGAGAGUAUGCACAACUUACCGGCUUUGAAGGGUUCGGUCCGCUAGGUUGGGCCAAUAACUUUUCCAGCAUGUGA